AUGAAGCAUGUCACAACUGCAGCCCUCUUGUUAGGGCUCACAAGAGGGGAAUAUGCCACCAAUUCCACGUGCAAAUACAUCCCUGGUGAUCUUGGCUGGCCCUCCUCGAAGACAUGGGCUCGACUCAACCAGACAGUCGAAGGUCGGUUGAUCAAAACAGUUCCUCAAGCAAGCAUCUGUCAUACGGAACCGUACCAUGACUUAGAUGAGACGGGAUGUGAACAGUUAAGAGAGAAUUGGGAUUAUGCACAAACUUUUGAGUUGAAACCAGCUGAAAUAAUAAAUCCAGCAUUCCAAAACCAGUCUUGUGAUCCUUAUACUCCAUUAGACCGGCCAUGUGAGCUUGGCAACUAUGCUGUUUAUUCGAUCAAUGUCACUGGGGCUCCGGACAUCGUCGCCGGUUUGAAUUUUGCUAGGGACAACAACGUCCGGCUUGUGAUCAAGAACACCGGACAUGAUUACAUGGGAAAGUCUACUGGUUUGGGAUCACUUUCAUUAUGGACUCACAAUCUCAAAUCAACGGAUGUGUUACCCAAGUACGAAAGUGACCACUACACCGGCCCGGCCGUGAAGAUCGGCGCCGGCGUUAUUGCUGGUGAACUGUAUGCUGCUGUUGCCGAUCAAGGAUACCGUGCCGUUGGUGGAACAUGCCCCAGUGUCGGCAUUGCUGGCGGAUACACUGCUGGUGGGGGCCAUUCGGUUCUCUCCGGUGCCUACGGCUUGGCGGCCGACAAUGUGCUAGAAUGGGAACUUGUAACGGCCAAUGGAGAACACAUUAUAGCUACCCCGACAAAUGAGCACUCAGACCUUUAUUGGGCUAUGAGUGGUGGUGGGGGUGGCGUUUGGGGAGUAGUCCUCAGCGUUACCAGCAAAAUCUAUCCCGACGGCAAGGUCACUGGAGGUCAAUUGGCCUUUAAUGCUACAGAAGGGGAUCCGGAAGGCUACUGGAAAGCAAUUGAGUCCUGGUUUGCGUUUAUGCCGAACUAUACUGACGGUCUCGGUGGCGGUAAUACGUGCGAGUAUGAGAUCUUUUACAAUCAGUUCAACGCUAUCAGCUUCACUGUUCCGGAUAAGGACUCCACCGCACUUGAUGAGCUACUUGCGCCAUAUAUCAAGAUACUGGAAGGUUUGAACAUAACUUACACCUAUAGUUCGCACACCUCGGAUACAUUUUACCAGCACUUCGACCGUGAUUUUGGCCCGUUGCCUUAUGGUCCGUUCCCCGCCAACACACUAUUUAGCAAUCGACUUUUCCCUCGCGAAGUAGUCGAAGAUACGGCCAAGAACCUGGCUCUGGUGAACACAAUUCGCAAUUACACAGAAUUCCAAGAUGGGUACUGGUGGCUUGGUUGCGAAUCUCUUCGCGUCAAUAGUACCAGCCACCCGGAUAACUCGCUCCACCCCGCAUGGAGGGAAGUUAUCGGGAUCUGCACUGUUGAGGGGUACUGGAACUGGACCAUACCGCGAUCCGAAAUGUAUGAUCGCAAGAGACACAUGGUGACCGAGAUUAUCCCAUCAAUCGAGGCCGUGACCCCGGGCUCUGGUUCAUACCUUAAUGAAGUGGAUUCUUGGUACCUUGGCGAUUGGAAGGAUAACUUCUAUGGGAUCAAUUAUCCCCGCCUUCUGGAUGUCAAGGGCAAGUAUGAUCCUGGUCAUUUAUUUUACGCCUACACGGGCGUUGGAAGUGAUUAUUAUACUACGGAUGGUAGUGGGAGGUUAUGUAAGGCUUGA